UGCCAAAGUUUGGGUCAGAUCGGCUCGUGGAGUAAGCAGUCAAGAGAGAGACUUGGACUAGAGUUAGCCACACGGUCCCCACGCGAAGGACACGAGAGCUGUACACUGCCAACGCUUCCUACUUUUCUUCCUGUCCCACUGAUAGAGGCUGCAACAAUCCUCUGCAUCCAUCCCUCCUAAACAACUGUCAACAAGAUGGAAACUACAACCAUCACCACCACACAGACGGCAUUCACCUUUGGACUUACUGAAAGACGCGCCACCAUCAGCCUGCACGCGCCAGCUGAGGACUGCAGCGUCCCCGUUGUGCACUCUAACACCACCACUGAAGCCGACUUCCAAAGCAAAACCAAGGUGCUGAAGAGACAGCGCUCCAGCUCACCAGAACUCCUGCGCUGCAAGCGGAGACUGAGCUUCAACGGACUCGGCUACUCCAUCCCCCAGCAGCAGCCCGUGGCUGUGGCGCGGCGGAACGAAAGAGAGCGGAACCGUGUCAAGCAAGUCAACAUGGGUUUCCAAACGCUGCGUCAGCAUGUGCCAAACGGCGCCGCCAACAAGAAGAUGAGCAAGGUGGAGACCCUGAGGUCUGCGGUGGAGUACAUCAGGGCUUUACAGCAACUUUUAGACGAGCACGACGCAGUGUCGGCUGCUUUCCAGUGCGGGUUGCCUUCCCCGACACUUUCCAAUAGCUACUCCGCCGACCCUGAGUCGCCUCACUCCACUUACUCAUCAGACGAAGGUAGUUACGAACCUCUAAGCUCUGAGGAGCAAGAGCUGUUGGACUUUACAACCUGGUUCGACAGGUACUGAGGCGGACAACAUCCAGACCACACAGAAUCUGCUGUGCGUAAAAGCAUCUCUAAAAAAAUGCUGACAAAGACUUGCUGAAGGCGUCAGUGUUGCCCUCCGUGCUUGGAAGUGAUCUGUUGCCUCCCUCCCUCACCCGGGCUGCUUCUGCAGAAGCAAAGCAAUAGUGAGAAAGAGAGAGAGUGUGUGUCCUAGAGAGCGGUAGCCUCAUGUUGCAUGGAACAGGGUCACGAUGAGGCGUGGACAUAAAGGGCUGGUGAUGUUUUGGUUGAAUAAGUGCAAUUAAUACGUGACACAGCAGCAGACUCUGCAGAGGACUUGAAUGAUGAGAGUUUCAUCAGAGCAGGACUGCCCACCUCAGCUGCCACGUCUGCUGGAAGACACAACAAAGAUGAUGCGUCAACAGACUAUUUUGUUGUACAAGUUUCCCCU